AUCACCACCCUCAGUCGAAGCCCCCCUGCGGCCCUGCCACACUGGAGAUCUCGCCACACUGCGGCCCCGCCUCCUCGCCGUCUCUACAACAAUGACGACACCGGCGGCGGAGGCCGUGUCGCGCCGCCUGGGAGCGGCCGUGCGUGGCCUCUCCGGCGCGUGGUACGGGCGCCACAUGGCCUCGGCCGAGCGCGCCAUCCGCGCGCGCCUCCCCCUCGUCGACCUCGUCCUCGAGGUCCGCGACGCCCGCGCGCCCGCCUCCUCAUCGUUCGAGCCUCUCCUCCGCCGCCGCGGGCCUCUGGAGCCAGACCGCCGCGCGGUCGUCCUCCUUAACAAGGCGGACCUGGCGGACCCGUCCGAAACCGAGGGGUGGGUGGCGUACAUCAAGAAGCAGAGGAGAUGCUCUUGCGUCGCGGUAAACUCGCACAGCAGGGAAAGCAUCAAGGAGGUGCUGAAAGUCGUGCAAGCAAGAAUGAGGGAGAUCAAGCAUGGCGACAGCAAUUGCACGGGAACUGCCCUCCUGGUCGGGAUCCCAAACGUUGGGAAAUCGGCCAUCGUUAAUGCGAUACAUCAAAUUGGGAGGAUUGCGGCAGCAGAGAAGGGGAAGCUCAAGCAUGCGAUUGUGAGCAGCCAUCCUGGAGAAACCAGGGACAUACGUGGAUACAAGAUUGCUAGUCAUCCGAAUAUAUACGUGUUGGACACUCCUGGUGUGCUUUCGCCGAGAUUUGCAGAUGAUGGUUCUGGCCCCAGGCUAGCCUUGACAGGAGCCAUCAAGGAUUCCUUGUUAGAGGAUUACGAUACUGCACAGCUCCUUCUUGCGAUAGUGAACUCAGGGAAGGAAUAUAGGAAGUGGGAGAAGCUGAAUAAAGCAGGAGAUUCCUUUUCUUGUGGCAACACAAUCACGCCCAGGGGCCACAACAGUAAAGAGCAAUAUGCUUCAGAUCACACUCAGGAUUCCGUCGUGAAAGCAGUCCGCCAGGUGCUUUUUGAGACCAUAUCUAGUUUUAACGGGGAUCUAGGGCAGGUGGAUGAGCUAAGGAGAUUGAUCGGCCACCAACUUGUAAACUUGCAGCAGGUUUUCAAAGUCUUGACUGAACCAAGUGAGAAUAUCUGUAAACCUAUAGCUACUAAACUGGUCAAUCUAUAUCGGACAGGAAGGCUUGGCCGAUAUACCUUAGAACAUGUCCCAGAUGUUAGGCAGGAAGUUGUCGCAGAAUUACCUACCGCCUAAAGCAUGCCCUGUUUUUUUUACCUUAAAACAAGGAUUAUGCAUUGGUUUGGCCAGGAUACAGUACAGCCCCUCCUAGCUGUAGGUUGCCCAUGGAGCAUGAAGCGCCUCCGGUGUUCCAUUAGAGGCCAAAAACUGAAUCAACCACAGUGUACUAUGUAAGUCUUGCGGAUUGACUACUCGGGUGCAUUAGUUUGGCAGAUAAUCUUAAAGAAGGCUAUCAUGUGGGUGCAAGAAACAUUCACAUUCAUAUACAUCAGCUGCGGAUUACCGCGUACCGCGAUGGGUUCAGGACUCAGGGAGAAUGCUCAUUGUGACCAAUCUCCAGCAACGUCAUAUAUAUCCGUUCUUUACAGUUUUCUCUAAAAGUUUUUGUCCUCUAUAUCUCUUCUCUCUUCAACAAUGUUCUCUAUCUCGUUCUCUAUACAUAAAUACAUAUGUUCUAUAUACAUAAAUGCAUAUGUUAGAGAUAUAUUUUGCUUUAAUUUUUUUGUACGUGUGUAU